UAUUGACAAAAUCGUCAGACGUUUUGUAAUCAAUUUUUGAAACGUAAAAAAUAUUUAUAAACAUGUUUUUUGAAGCUUGUUAGUUGACUAUGAAGCUGUUGAAGUUCCACCUGAGGUACCACCCCCCGGGGAUCAUUCUGGAGUACCUGCAGAAAGGGGUCGUCAAGAAUAAGGACAUUGACCUGUUAGAUCUUAACUGCAACUCAGACAUAAAAGAGAUAGCCAAACGCCUCUACAAGAAGGAGGUGCUGAUCACAGAAGAGGUCCGUGAGCAGUUGGAGCAGUGCCUGGAUACCCUCAAGAAGAGGAUCGAGCACGAGGGUCCGACUGGCAAGCGGUUCUACAUCUACAAGACCUUGCAGACCCAUGUCCUGCCGCUCACCAAUGUAGCUUUUGAUAAAACUGGCAAUAGAUGUUUGUCGGGAAGUUACGACAGGACAUGCAAGGUCUGGGAUGUGGACACCGGCAAGGAACUGAAGACCUUGGCUGGCCACCAGAACGUGGUGUACUCUGUUGCCUUUAACUUUCCCACCUGCGACCGCGUCAUCACCGGCUCGUUCGACAAGUCGGCUCGCGUAUGGGACCCAUCCACGGGAGAGUGCCUGGCCACUCUAUGGGGCCACCGCGGCGAGGUGGUGGCGGCCCAGUUCAGCGCCAAGGGGGACCUUGCAGCCACUGGCUCUAUGGACCAUACGGCCAAGCUGUAUGAUGUUAGAACAGGGGCUGAAAUUCACAACUACACUGGUCACACGGCGGAGGUGAUCGCGUUGCAGUUUGACCCCAACGAAGGCCAACGCCUCAUCACAGGCUCCUUCGAUGGCACCAUCUCAAUGUGGGACACCAGGGUCAAGGACCGUGUAUCAGUGCUCCAAGGCCACGAUGGUGAAAUCUCCAGCGUGCAAUUCAACUGGGACAGCUCGCUAGUGGGCUCCGCGUCCUUGGACGGCAGCGCCAAGCUGUGGGACGCUCGCAGCACCGCCUGUUUGGCCACUGUGGCGGGACACACGGACGAGGUCCUCGAUAUCUGCUUCGACUGGGCCGGGCAGAGGAUGGCGACGUCUUCCAGCGACUGCUCGGCGCGCAUCUACGACGUGCGCUCUGACUUCAAGGAGCUGGCCGUCAUGAAGGGCCAUAGGGAGGAGGUGUCCAAGGUGUGCUUCAGCCCGGCUGGAGGUUGCUUGCUGACGGCGUCUGCCGACCGCUCCGCCAGGGUCUGGAAUACCAACACGGGCAACUGUAUACAGGUUCUCUCUGGUCACCAAGGGGAAAUCUUCUCAUGCGCCUACUCUUACGCCGGAGAUGCCAUCAUCACAGCCUCCAAAGACAACACCUGCAGGAUCUGGAGAUGAUUCGACUGGUGGCUGUAGGCGCAGCCACUGGGACUUCUUACAAUUUUCUAUUUUAUUAUCCUUUGGAGAUCUGGUAACUGAGAAUUUUCCUGCAAUAAUGUAGCAACGAUUUAUAUGAGGAACGAAUAUACUUUAAACUUUAUUUGAGAAACACAUGAAAAAAAGGAAAAAUGUGUAAUGAAAUUAAAAAUAAUGCGGAAGAGGAUUAGUAACAAUUAAUCUUAAUUAAAAUAAUAACGUACAUAAUUUAAUUAGAUUCAAUUUACAAAAACAGUAUCACGAAGUAAUCAUUUCAAUCUUAUUUUUUGUAAGUCUGAAAACUUGAUAAACACUUUUCUUGCAUAGUUUUUUCACGUAGAUAGCUUACGUAGCUUUCUCAUACGAUACAUAAUUAGGUAUACUAGUAUAAUAUUUAGCUAGCUCUUUCCCUUAGUAUUGUUAGUCGAAGAAAACUUAUGUCGCGGUAGCUAAAUCCAUUUACUAAAAUGAAAGUUGAAAGGUAACACCGCGGAUCACACACCGCGUAAAAUUGGAACAGUCUUAUCUUUGAACUUUUGAAGUCUUAUCGAUCUUAGCUUUUAUAUUAUAUCAAUGUUUCGAAACUAAUGUAUACCGACUUAUCGCAUUAACAAACAACAAUUAUUUUACUUACUUACUGCAAAGAUAAGUAACUUUCUGAAUGAGUUCCCAGUAAACUUACUUAUUGGAAUCAUGAAUAAUGUACACCUAAAAUAAUUCAUUGUAUUUCCAGUUUAUUAAAAUACUACAAGUUAUGUAAUUAAAUUAUUUCUAAAGAAGCACUACGAUAUUUACUGUUGUUGAUCAAUAAUUGACAUUAUAAUAGAGUAUACUAAAAUGCACUUUUUACUGCUGCUCAAUGCAUUGUUUAGUGAUAAAGAGGGUAAUAAAUAAUUUUUUACGAUGA